AUGGAAGUGGAAAUAAAAGAAUUCAGAAACGCUUCGUUAUCCAGUGGUCGCAAUGGAGCGACAGGAACAUUAAGAAAUGAAGAUUUUCGGCAGUUGCUGACAAAAAAACUAAUUCAAACAUCAGCAAAUACUAAUGUUGCACCUACGCAACCGACACAUUCGUUUAGUCACCGUCAGGCUUCAGAUACGAAAAGAAACCAAAUUUCUGUAACAAAAGCAAAGAAGCAAAAGGAACGAAGUGGCGUAGAGGAUGAAGACGAUGUAUUCGGGCCAUCUAAUUUGAAUGAAAUCUUGAAAAAUUAUCGUGAUCGAGCUGAAGAAAGACGGAAAGGUAUUGGAAAAGAUGAUAUUGUCGAUGAUCUUCAAGUAAACAAUGGUUAUCGAGCAGUGCCUGGAGAUGUGAGAGCGACGGCUGAUGCAGCUCAGCGUCGUAAACAGGCUAUUCAGGAAAGUAAGUAUCUUGGUGGCGAUAUGGAACAUACUCAUUUAGUAAAAGGUUUAGACUAUUCUUUAUUGCAUAAAGUUCGUUCGGAAAUAGCUAUGAGAGAGCAGAAGAAUGAAGAAGUUUUGGAGUCCCAGUGUAAUAAGGAUAGCCAAAAAGGUGAACCACAGUCAGAUAAUAGAAUGGUUCGAAACAUUCAUCGAGUUUUGUUUCAGAAUGAGAUUCCAGCCUGUAAUGAAUUGUUUAGAAAGGGACGUAUGGCUUAUGUUGUCGAUUUAGAAGAAGAAGAUAACGAUUUGCCAACCACUUUGUUACGCUCUGUUCAUGAUUGUCCAGCAACAGAAAGCAGUAGUGAUAUCAACGCCAACAAUAUGCUAAUUCAGAAACUCACUCAAGUUUUGUCAUACUUACGUGCGAGCGCGCAGAAAAAAAAGAAAAAAGUAGAGAAUGCAAAUGAGGAGCAUGUCAAGUUAGCCUCACAGCCAAUAUUUGACGAUGAAAGAGAUUUAGCUACAUCUAAAAAUGAUCGAGAACGAGAACGACGUGAUCGUGAUCGAAGACGUCCCAAACCUUCUUCAUACUUCGAUGAUCGUGAAUCAGAUCGUGAUAGAGAUAGAAAUCGUGAGCGAGACAGAAAUCAUUACGAACGAAGUAAAGAUCGUAGGCGAGAUGACGAAAGACGUACUGAGCGUCGUGAAGAAACAACAAAAUCGGUGGAAAAUGAUGCAAAUUCAGAAAAAAAGAUGAAGUUUCGUAUGGAAACAGAAGGUUAUGCAGAGUGCUAUCCUGGUGGCAUGUAUGAAGCAGCUGGAGAAAGCGAUGACGAAGCUGAUUAUUCUAAAAUGGAUAUGGGGAACAGACGAGGUCCAGUAAAACGUUGGGAUUUUGAAGACCACGAAGACUAUGAAAAAUACAUGGAAUCAAAAGAAGCUAUGCCAAAGGCAGCGUACCAAUUUGGAUUGAAAACUAAUGAUGGACGAAAAACUAGAAAGAGUGUCCCAGAUCGAGAGAAACAUAAACUGGAUCGGGAAUUUUCUGAAAUAACCAAAAUGCUUGAAAAACGAAAAAUGGAAGGCCAGAUGUCUGAUGUUGCAAAGCGAAUCAAAUAUUAA